CCCGGCUUGACGGCAAUCGGCCUGGGGUUCGGUUCCCCAUCUCAGUUGUCUUACCGGUCUCGUGGGUCUACAAAUACUGCUGGCAUCGACGGAGCCUCGUUCGUCGUCCCUCUUCUCAUCCCUCCAUCUCCACACCUUGUGAGAGCAAGAGCACUGUCCAUCACUCACACGUUCGUUUGUGUGUGUUUUUGCAGGCAAUUAUCGUCAUAACGAUAACGUCCCACCACCAUCAUGGCUGGCGCCAAAGGCAACAUCUUUGCUGUCAACAAGCAAUUGCUUAAAACGACCGUCCCAAAGGCAUGGCUCGCGAUCAUCGUCUUCAACUUUGGAGCGCUGUUGUUUGGCUUUGACACGGCCAUGUUUGGCGCGCUCCAAGUCACUCCGUCGUGGCUCGGCACCUUUGGCACCAUUGGCAAGAAGGGCGAGUACGAGAUCAGCGCCAUCCAGCAGUCGCUGCUCAACUCCAUACCGUGGAUCGGAAAGAUAGUUGGCGUGAUUGUUGCAGAACCCAUCAACGAGAAAUUCGGAUACAAGACGUCGAUGGUAAUUGCUUCCACCAUACAGGUGAUUGGAGUGAUUGUAGAAAUGGUGGGCCGAAACUGGGGUAUCUUCUGUGCUGGCCGAACCAUUGUGUAUGGCGCCGUUGGCUACAUUGAGAACGUCGUCCCCCUCUACAUCGGCGAAAUCGUCUACCCAGAGUCUCGAGGAUUCUUCAUCGCUUGCUACUCGCUCGUUCUCGCGGGUGGCCAGAUCUGGGCCAACGGAGCCGUCCAGGGCAUCGCGAAAGACACGACCCAGGCUGGCUGGCUCAUCGUCUGCGGGCAGCAGCUGAUUCCCGUCAUUUUCAUCCUCGCUGGUUUGAAAUGGUGUCCGAGUUCACCCCGAUGGCUCCUUCAAAAGGGCCGCGAUGCCGAGGCCUUGCGCGCCUUGGCCAGCGUGCGUACAGCCGAAGAUAACGAGUCGGGCUGGGUCCAGAUGGAGAUCCUCGGGAUCCAGGAGGCCAUCGAAGCCGAGAAGCACACGGUCAAUAAUAGCUGGUUUGAUUUGUUCAAGGGCACCAACCUUCGGCGAACUUGGAUCGCCUCCCUGUCGUUUAUUGCAAACCAAUGGACUGGUAACCAGUUCGUCACUGCCUAUGCCCCGACCCUCUAUGUCCUGCUCGGGCGCAAAUCCCAGGCCUUCAUCUACACCAUUAUCAAAUCCGUCAUCUCCCUGGUUGCCGUGUUUGCCGCCAUGCUCGUCGUCGACAAGUGUGGCCGGCGGUUCGUCGUCAUCUUCGGCUGCAUCAUGCAAUGCAUCUUCUUGUAUGUCCUCGCGGGCAUGGGCAUGGCCAAGAAGCCGAGUACUGCCGAGCUCAACACCAUGGUGGCUGCCAUCCAACUGUUCAUCUUCUUCUGCCGUGGGUCGGUCAACGCCAUGGCCUUCCUCAUCCCGGCUGAGGUUUCCUCCUUGACUCUCCGGAAGAAGACUAUGGCUAUGGGCUGUGCGGUCGAUGUCGUCGCGGCCUUUGUGGUUACCUUCGUCACGCCCUACCUCAUCAAGCCGGAAUACGCCAACCUCUCCUCAAAGGUCGGCUUUAUUUUCGGGGGCUUCACCACCUUCUACCUCAUCUGGGCCAUCUUCUUCCUUCCCGAGCUGAAGAACAGAUCUCUGGAGGAAGUCGAUGAGUUGUUCAAUGCGAACCUCUGGGCUUGGCAGUUCUCAAAGUACGAGACCAAGAGCCUGGCGGGCCGCAUGGCGCAGCAAAAGGACGGAGGGGGGAAGGCUAUGCCGGAAGAUGUCGAGGACGAUGCCGUUGAGAUGGAGCAUAGCAAACGUGAGCUAUGAGAGAGUGAGACCGAUGAUUUGUACUACCUAUAUAAUAUUCGUG